UCCAGCUUCCGCCGGAAGCAGACCCCGUCUGUUGUCCUCCGGUAGUUUGGGUUGUUUGUAGUGAGUGUACGGCGGCGGGCAGUCUGAGGUUAGGUCCCAGGGGGUGGAGAGGGGAUCUGGAGCUUAACCCCGAGCAGCGAGAUGGACAUUUUGAGAUCAGAGAUUUCCCGGAAGCGGCAGCUGGUGGAAGAGAGAAACCUGUUGGUGGAAAAUAAAAAAUAUUUCAGACGUAGUGAACUUGUGAAAAAAGAGGAGGAGGCAUAUUUUGAAAGAUGCGGCUACAAGCCUAUAAGUGAGAAGCCAUCUGGAGAGAUACAGCCAAAAGAGGAGGACCAGAAACCAUUAACUUCAUCAAAUCCAGUAUUAGAACUUGAAUUGGCAGAGGAAAAAUUACCCAUGACUCUUUCUAGGCAAGAGGUUAUCAGAAGGUUAAGAGAAAGAGGAGAACCAAUUAGACUAUUUGGAGAAACUGAUUAUGAUGCUUUUCAACGUUUAAGAAAAAUAGAGAUCCUCACACCAGAAGUUAAUAAGGGCUUGAGGAAUGAUCUGAAAGCAGCUUUGGAUAAGAUUGAUCAACAGUACCUCAAUGAAAUUGUGGGUGGUCAAGAACCUGGAGAGGAAGAUACACAAAAUGAUUUGAAAGUUCAUGAAGAAAACACGACAAUUGAAGAGUUAGAGACACUGGGGGAGUCUUUAGGGAAAGGCGAUGAUCAUAAGGACAUGGACAUCAUCACCAAGUUCCUGAAGUUUCUUCUUGGUGUUUGGGCUAAGGAAUUGAAUGCCAGAGAAGAUUAUGUGAAACGCAGUGUUCAGGGUAAACUGAACAGUGCUACUCAGAAGCAGACUGAGUCCUAUCUCAGACCACUUUUCAGAAAACUCCGGAAAAGGAAUCUUCCUGCUGACAUUAAAGAAUCAAUAACAGAUAUUAUUAAAUUCAUGUUGCAGAGGGAAUAUGUAAAGGCAAAUGAUGCUUACCUUCAGAUGGCCAUUGGAAAUGCUCCCUGGCCUAUUGGUGUCACUAUGGUUGGUAUCCAUGCCAGAACUGGCAGGGAAAAGAUUUUUUCUAAGCAUGUUGCACAUGUUUUAAAUGACGAAACUCAACGGAAAUAUAUUCAGGGAUUGAAGAGGUUAAUGACUAUUUGCCAGAAACACUUUCCUACAGAUCCAUCAAAAUGUGUGGAGUACAAUGCACUGUGAGACCUAUGUUCGAUGUGUAAAUAACAGUGAGAAACUUAAGGAAGCAGGGUAUGGACUCCUCGCAUUACCAGCAAGAUUGAAGGAAGAAGAAAACUGGAGUUUCUGGUCUCUGAGUUUACCUGAUACAAUUUGUGAUCAGUUUUAAAAACUGUGUUGGCUUUUAUAUCAUGUCUGACUGUAAACUGAUUUUUCUGUCUUAUUUUUAUUUUAAAAAGUUGAAAAAUUAGCUGGGCAUGGUGUGCACUCCAGUAAUCCCACUGCUGUGGGAGGCUGAGGCAGGAGGAUUGCAAGUUCAAAGGUAGCCUCAGCAACUUAAUGAGGCCCUAAGCAACUUAAUGAGACCCUGUCUCAAAAUAAAAAAUAAAAAGGGCUGGCGAUGUGGCUCUGUAUUUAAGUGCUGCUGGGUUAAAUUCCCAGCACCCCCCCCCCCGAAAAAAAAAGUUGAAAAAUUGAAUUCUAUAAAGUUUUCCCAUCAUUUAAAUGCAUAGGCAGCAGUUACAUAAGGGGUUUAAAAAUGACCUUUUCCUACUAGACCUGAAAAUUGUAGUUAGAUAAUUUAAAAAAAAAAUUGAGGAUGGACUUAAUUUUUCUGUAUAAUAUGAUAAUUUGCACAUUAUCUUUUAUGUGUGUUAUAGAAAAUAUUUUAUAUAUUUCAUUAAAAAUAUUAGACCAUUCAAUGGACUGUUAAAGGUUUCUGAACUUUUGUCAUCUUGCAAUAGAAUAUGAAUGUAAAUGUUCUUACUGUUAACUAAAGUGUUAUUUUUCUUGUGUUUCAAAGCUUGCUUUUAUUUUCUAAGGAGUAUACUUUUGUCAUUUCUCAGUGCAGCUAGAAUUAAUAGGAAGUAUGAGUUAAAAAACAGUGAUAAUAUAUCUUACUAACAUAAAUGUAAGAAGGCAAUGCCCGCGAGCCAAGGUUCAGGGUGAGGGAAAACAGAUAACGAAGCCAGCCAAGAGUUGGACUGUGUUCCCAGCUGUGCCCAACCAAACAGGAAGAAAAUGCCAAAACUGAACUCACUGCCUUAGCUCUGGUCUUCUACAAAGUGAGGACUUGUUCUAGGUCUUGCACAGUAUUAUACUUUCAUCAUUGCAACUGAUCAUCUGCUUUAGAGUUUAGAGUACCAAGUUAAUGAAAUAAUGUGAGUAAAUAGAACGUUACGUAACAGGUGAAAUGGAUACUGGAUAGUGUAAGAAUGGGAGUCCCCAAAGUCAGAGCUUCCCAGAAUCUCAGCUCUGCCUACUAAUAAUAUGACUUUGGUUAAGUGACUUAAUCUUUUUUUUUUUUUUAAAGAGAGAGAGAGAAUUUUAUUUAUUUUUUUAGUUUUUUGGCGGACACAACAUCUUUCUUCGUAUGUGGUGCUGAGGAUCGAACCCAGGUUGCACGCACAUCAGACAAGUACGCUACUGCUUGAGCCACAUCCCCAGCCCUAAGUGACUUAAUCUUGCUAAGCCUCAGCUUCCUUAUCUUACAGUGAUGGUAAUAAUAAUACAUACUUCAUUUUCAUUAUUAUUGUCUUAAAGUAAAAUAAAAUGCUUAGAAUACUGCCUGGCAAAUAAUAAGAGCUCAGUAAAUAUUAGCUGUUGUGUCAUUAUUAUUGUUAUUAUGUUGUUAUUAGAGGGCAGCUUACGUACCUUCACAAACUCUUUGGUUAGUUGCUGUGUGUACUCAUGUCAUAGUAAUAAUGAUGGUGUUAACAAUAGCAGCAGUAAUAAUGGAGCCAUUGAUUAAGUUUUUUCCUGUGUCUGGGCUCCAUGACUGAUUUUCAGCCAGUUCUGAAUUUAAAGUCAGAGGAUGAAACCUAGAGGCCACCGAGUUGAUGUUAGAUUCAUAUCAUUUAUUCUGGCCUGCUCUUGAGAAAGAUCAAAAGUUGUUUUUGGCCCAUUGUGGUCCAUGGCUGUGCCUAGACAGGAUUGUUUCUGCUGGUUACUUGCCUGGUGAUGGUUAAGUCUGCUGUCCUAAGUCAGGGCUGUUUACCCCAUCCCCCUGCCUCUUACUUUGGAAGCCUUUUCUUAUUAUUAAAUUAGGUAGAGCUUAUGGGAACUUAAUAGCACAAGUGAGAAACAGACUUCUAUGAGAAGGUUUCAACUUUUUGUAUAAGGACUUAACUUAAAAAUAUUGUUGAUGAAUACUGCUUAAAUUAUUUUUUCUUCAUUCACAGUUAUGCAAUAGCUUGGCAGUCACUUAAUUUAUUGUUGUUGUUCUUUUUCUGAUAGUUAAUUAAAAAGAAACUAAUGUGA